UCUCUCUAGUUCUCUCCGCCGAAGCGAGCAUCUAUCACGAGUCGGCUAUGCGCGCGUUUUUGUCGGUAAACAAUACGUGACCUAUGACAACGCGAACGUAAGAAACUAGAGGUGUAGUGCUACUUGACAAAGCCUUUUACAGGACUCGUUUGAAUCACCGGACGUGCUGUCGUGAGGCAACAGCAAGGCCGACAAGAUGCGUUACUGCCCUCCAAAUGUGACCCUGGGCCACAUGUGGACCCGAGAGGGUCUCUCCCAGUGUUUCCUUGACACAGUGGGGCCACCUGUUCUUCUCUUCACCAUACUGGUAGGCGGGGGCAUCCAGUGGGCUGUGUACCACAAGUACGCCACACGCCUCGACACCAGACUACUACAUCGCAGAGGCUGCUACAAGUUCCAUACGUCGCUCAUGAUGGCAAUGGCUACAUCGUGCCUGAUACGGCUGGCUGUGGUGUCGGGCAUUGGGGGCGCCCCCCUCGAGGGCCACCAGCUGGUCUGGGCCCUGUGCAUGGCACCCGCCUGGCUGCUGUCGGUGCUGCUGACACGGCUGGAGCGCCACUGGGCCCUGCCCAGCACGCCCACACACGGGCAUGGCCUGCCGCUGCUGAUCUUCUGGGCUAUGGGUGUCAUCCAUGAGGCCAUGGCGUUUCUCGGGCUGUACCACCCUUCCUGGUGGUUCCAGGUCCACUCGCGCAAGGACAUAGCCGACAUGGUCUUCUUUGCGGCCCGCUUCAUCCUCUCCGUGCUGGUGUUUGGCAUUGGCCUCAAGGGUCCCUCGGUGCCAAGUGUCCAAGACUACUUCCUUUACUCGAGGGGUCACAUUCAGGAGACACAGCCACUUCUGGACGAAGAAAAUGGCAGUGGCAGUCCAUUCCGGGGCUUCAAGAACAAAGUGCGUUUGCUGCUGCCUUUCCUGUGGCCCAAACGGAACUGUCGCCUGCAGUUCGUGGUGGUGUUGUGUGUUGCGCUGCUUGUGUCGGGCCGCGUCGUCAACGUCUUCAUCCCCAUGCUCAACCGAUUAGUUGUGAACAGCCUGGCAGCACAAGGCACAAUCAUCUUCCCAUGGCAGGACAUCCUGCUCUACGUGUUCUUGUGGUGUCUACAAGGGCAGGGUAACAGUAGCAUCCUGUCCAAUGUGCGCUCCUAUCUGUGGAUCUCGGUGCAGCAGUACACGGUGAAGGAGAUUGAAGUUGAACUCUACUCCCAUCUACAUCAUCUGUCAAUGAACUGGCACCUGGGUCGCAAAACUGGCGAGGUGCUCAAAAUUCUUGACCGAGGAACCAGCAGUGUCACGUCCCUCCUCAGCUAUUUGCUGUUCAACAUCUUCCCAGCUGUGGCUGACAUUGUGGUCGCUGUCAUCUACUUCACUGUUUCUUUCAACGCCUGGUUUGGCCUGAUUGUCUUCGUCACCAUGGCCGUGUAUCUAGCGGCGACCAUUGGCAUUACUGAGUGGAGAACCAAGUUUCGGCGGGAGAUGAAUCAACUCGACAAUGCAGCCCAGGCUAGAGGAGUUGAUGCACUUCUCAAUUUUGAAACGGUGAAAUACUACAAUGCUGAAGAAUAUGAAGUAUGUGGCUACAAAGAAUGCAUUGAAAAGUAUCAGGUUGCCGAGUGGCGCAGCAAUGCGUCCCUGAAUCUCCUCAACUCCUGCCAGACGGUUGUCAUUGCGGUCGGCGUAGCAGGGGGCGCGCUGCUGUGCGCGCACAUGGUUGCAGGACACGAGUCGGGCCUCAAGGUGGGCGACUAUGUGCUCUUCCUCACCUACAUCAUGCAGCUGUACACACCGCUCAAUUUCCUUGGCACCUACUACAGAAUGAUUCAGCGUUCCUUUAUUGACAUGGAGAACAUGUUUGAGCUUCUUGACACUAAGCCAGAAGUAAUAGAUGCUGUGAAUGCACCAAAUUUGAAGCUGAAAGAGGGCGAGAUUCAGUUCACUAAUGUCUACUUUUCAUACAACCCUGAGCGGCCAAUACUUAAGAAUGUCAGCUUUGUGGUUCCAGCAGGCUGUACUGUUGCCCUCGUGGGCCCGUCGGGAGCGGGUAAGAGCACCAUAGUUCGGCUGCUGUUUCGGCUGUACGACAUCCAGAGCGGUAGCAUCACCAUUGACAACCAGGACAUUAGCAGGGUGAAGCAGAAGUCCUUGCGCCAGGUGAUAGGUGUUGUUCCUCAGGACACUGUACUGUUCAACAAUGACAUCAGGUACAACAUCAGGUACGGGAGAGUCGAUGCCACUGAUGAGGAGGUAGAAGAUGCAGCUCGUGCCGCCGAGCUUCACGAGCAGAUCCUGGGCUUCCCUAAAGGCUACGACACGGUUGUUGGCGAGAGGGGGCUGAAGCUAUCAGGUGGAGAGAAGCAGCGUGUGGCCAUUGCCAGGUCCAUCCUCAAGGGGCCAGCCAUUAUGCUGCUGGAUGAGGCCACGUCAGCGCUGGACACACGCACCGAGCGCAACAUUCAGGCAUCUCUAGACCUCGUCUGCAGAAACAGGACGACACUCAUUGUGGCCCACAGGCUGUCAACUGUGGUUCAUGCUGAUCAAAUUCUUGUGAUCCAGGAUGGGGAGAUUGUCGAAAGUGGCCAUCAUGACGAGCUUCUUGAGUACGGCGGUAUAUAUGCCUCCAUGUGGCAGCAGCAGCAGCAAGGCACUGCGAACACUGGGCCUUCGGAAGCAUCUGAUGAGGGCUUCCCUGAACCAUAGUUGCCUCUCCUUUGGCUCUUUGCCAGCCAAUCUCCUGGCUCGCCCAACGAAGUCUCUUGUGUUUACCUACUUUAUUUGUUGACCCCUAGGAUUGGGACCCAUUGUGACUAUGUUCUUGCAUUGGGCCUACAGUGCCGGCUGUAAGCCUUUGAGCACAGAUUUAGCUUCUGUGCUGAAGGGUUUCAAUGCCGGAUAUAACAUUCAUAUAUCUGCGCCAUCUGCUCCAGAAGGGCAUAUGCCGUUUGUUUCUUUUUCUUUUAUACUAGUAGCUCUUUUGUACGCUUGUUUCAUAAGUAGAUCUGAUGUCCAUGUGAAAUCGUUGUGUGCAGUCAGUCAGACAAUGCUGCAGCCAUUAUCACUACGAUAGAAUAUUAGUUGAUGUUGAGGUUAUUGUGAGGGAGUAACCGAAGGCCAAAGCACCGCUCCUGUAUCUCUCACUGAGCUGUGCUGCACUCACAAGUGAUCAUGCUUGUCUUUUAGUAUUCAAAGCUAUAAAUUUCCCUCCACUCUUUUCCUUCUUUACUAAAAUUCCAGAAGGAGGUAUUUAUUUAUUGCGUGCAUAAUGGUCAUUACACUUUAACCUAUUAUUGUUUUGUGAGAUGCUUAUCUUUGUCAACACCAGUUAAUUCAGAUUAGCAAAUAGCCAAAGCCCGUUUUUAUGCUUCUUGUGUUAGUCUUUCUCUAUGCGAAUCAUGUGUAGAAUGAAUGUGCAGACUUUGUGGGAGAACUGAUUAACUACAAUUUCACAGCAUAAACAAUCUAUUACAAGUUUGUGCACCAUAUGUUGCACUUACUACUUGUUCAGCGCUGAUGUUUUUGGAGAGGGGCUCACGUCGCCACCAUAGACAGUACUGUGCUAUCUUUGUACAUUUCGCUGAGCCCUUCUGGUGUGAAAUGGACAGAGCGUUACCAUCCGUUAUGACUUCAUGUACAUACAUAUUUUUUUCCAAUCUUGGAAAACGGAUGGGAAUUUCGGCUGCCUGUGCAUGUCGAGAGAGCAAGAGAAAAAAAAAAGAGAUCUUGCUAGCUACAUUCUCCUCGCAUGCCUUUCUAUGUCUGUUCAGUAUAUCAGUUUCUUUUGCCAGUGUUUCAUAUCCAUGUCUGGCUUGUUUUCAAGCCACACGGAAUGUUUACAAGACAAAAAAAAAUUCAUCAUGUGGUUAGAUGGCCUAGUAGUCCGGACUUUUGUGUGAAAUUGAUAGUAUGAUGUACUGCGUACAAAAGUGAGCCCUGAGCAGUUGCUCUGAACGCAUACAUGAUCACUUGUAAUGUUAUGCAGUGUUGCAGUAAGGUUAAUUGUUUGUUACUUCAAGUACAUUUGCCAGUGUAACACUCAUACUUAGUGUGUAGUUAAUCUUGUGAUAGUUGGAAAUGUGAUCAGUGCCUUAUAGGCACAUUUAUGUGCUUUUUGGAGUGUGAUAGAUGAUGGCCAAGCAUAGGGGACAAAUCUACUUCAUCUACCUGUCCUGUUACAGUCAGCUAUCCCUAGUUCUACCUCCAAUGAACACUUAAAAGUGGUUCAGUUAUCUUGUUUGGUUUAGUUUUGGUUUAAAAACUGUUCGAAAAUGUGCAGGCUCUCUUUUGGGGCUUCAGAAUGGUACUUACUUCAAAGUAAGUUUGAAUCAAAAUACGGAUAACCAGUGAAACACAGUGGUAUGUGGAAUUUGAUGGAUAUAAUGUUUAAAUGUGCGUUUAUAUAUGCUCCUUGCUCUCUACAGAUUCUCAUGCACUCGACAGUGAUCAUGUGCAUGAGAAUUCUGGAGAUGUUUCAACUGAGCUGCGGUCACGUUUGCACUUAAAUGUCACCAUGGCAGCGUGCACCAGGAAACAUGCAGACACAAUGUACGAUGUAAUCUGCCACGCGCAUUGCCUUUUAGUCAACAAGGCUAGCAAGCAAUAUGGAACUGUACGGCGGCUGGUCUGAACACACGCGCUCACUCUCUUACUGCCUGUGCAAGAGGCGCCGCUGCUACCUCCCGCAGCAAUUCCAUGGAGGCGAUGUGAGCCAAGCCUCUCCACACGAGGGGGACCACAGAAAUACUCACUCGAGCAUGGCUGGUCACAACGCGCGCUGCGCCCGUCAGCUGCACGCUGGUUCGGAUACCGUGCACAGGUUUCUGAACAGCUGCUCCCAGCGUUGAACAAGAACUUGCCAACCGUGUCUUGUGCAGCCCCCGCUAUAAGCAUGCAAAGCCAGAAACUAGUAGAUGAAGCUCAAAACAUUGAGGUUGGCAUGCGGAAGUGAUGGCACAUAGCAUUAGCAUGCACGGAUAAUCAUUUGUGACUGCCAGCUGUAACAGUAAAACAAGAUACUUCGAUAAGAAACCAUGGUUAGAAAACAUUUAUUUUCAUCUUAAGGUCAGCACAGUCCCUGGCAGUACUUGAAAAUGUAUUCGAACAAUAAAAGCAUUUGCCACUUGAAAAUGUUCACAUGUAUCUGCUCAAUCUCUUCUCGUUGCAGGAAACACACUAAUGAGACAGAUGCUUUUCCCUUUGAAGCUUUGACAAUGUUGCAGAUACUUAAAAGAACUGAAAGCAGUAACAGGCACUGCUUGUAAAAUCUGUAUAGCAUUCCUGUGCGACUCACAGUUUCCGAGGCAUGUCGUUUACAGCCUGAAAUGCUUUCGCGUUGGUUUGUAGAUGAAAUCAGAAGGCUUGUCAUUUUGGUCUGUUAGUUUCUUUGUAUAGUUGACAAGAAGAAUUCGGAGAAACUUUUUCGAGAUCAGAUAUGCCAAGCAUUUGGCGUGACUCCUGUCAACACCUUCCGGGCAGCACAGGAGAGGCGACUCUUCCAGAUGCAGCUCAACAAUUCGCAUCAAGGUUUCUAAAGUCUUCGAUCGUGGGAGUUCUUUGACUGCCUUUUCAAAAAAUGUUGAAAUCAUUUCCAGGAGAACGAGGAACUCCGGCCUUGGAUAGUGAAGUUCGACUUUCUCUUGUUCAUGCAGAAGUUUUUACAGAGGACUGCUAGUCUUGUCCGUCAUUGCAAGCAUGACGCAAGCGUCACACUCAAGAUCACUGAUAAGCUUGGCAAUAUAGCCACCUACACACACCAAGCCUGAGUAAACAAGAGACGGGAGGCGGAGCUGGAGGAUGUGCUCGCAGAGCUUUCAGUUCUUGAACUAUAUCCUGAGAAACAGAGGUUGCCGAUUUUUUUAUGUCUUCACCUUGUAUGAUGGCUUCGUGUAGUGGCAGUGCUUUUUCCUUUACAAUGUGAUCCAGAGCUGCUGCAACGGCUCUUGCAUCCAGUGUGUCAUUACCUCUGCACAUAAACCGAAGUUUUCUGAAUAAUGCCCAAGUAGGAUCACUGUUGAGUUUCCUAGUCAGAAUGUAGUUGACCCCUCUUCUCAGCAGUAAUUGGACUACCUCCACUGUAGGCUUUGUGCUAAAAAGUAGGGCAUUGUGUGUUUCCUCUGUGAAGCUCCCAACACCAUUUGUGAUAGAACAGUCUUGAAUCUUCACUUAGCUGCAAAAUUCAUUUUGCAGCCACAGUAGUCGGUCAUCAUUUUCCCUGAAGAUGGGCAUGUUGCAGUCGUUUCCCUUGUAUGUUGUCAUGAAUUUCAAACAAUUUAUUCAUAACUUUUAUGAAGUUGAUCGUAGAUGUUGCGUCCUUGAAAGCAAAGGGAGCAGAGUUGACUCGCGAGUUCUGCUGGAGGUGUUCCAGCGCCGUAAUGACUUGGGGCGAAAACACCUGCACGGCGUGUAGCAUGUUCAUUUUCUCAAGGUUUGAUGGAUGCACAUGUUUUUUUGUCAGAUUUCUGGCCAACUUUAUCGUCAUUUCCUUGUGGUGCUCGUACAUUUUCUGCACUAAUCUGCCACUGAUGAGGCCAGUGCCGUCUGUGAGCUCGUGUUCCAAAAAUUGACUGUGGACAUUUUUGAAAACAUGGCAAGGAUCAAAGCUUUAAAAAAUCACUUUCAUCGUCAUAAGGAUGGUUUACUGCAGUUUACAACGGACCACUCCCCAUAAGCUUAAACAUUGUUCUGUUCGCAGAGUGGUUAUUAGUAACAAUACGAAUCACUACAAAGCCGCAUUCCUCAACUGCAGAGACGACGUCGUUCGUCCAUGUAUACAAGUCUCUGCCGCUGAGCUGCGUUGUGAAGUAGUAUGAACAUGGGACCUUGUAUGAGCUGGUCAGUCCAUGGAGCACAAAACAUAAGACUCGGUUAGCAAGUAUUUCGUUCUUAUUACAUGGCACACCGUUUUCUGGCUUGUCUCUUACCCCAAAUACUAUGUAAGACUUGUCAGACUAUGUCAGACUAUGUCCCUGCCGCUGAGCUGCUUUGUGAAGUAGUAUGAACAUGAGACCUUGUAUGAGCUGGUCAGUCCGUGGAGCACAAAACAUAAGACUCGGUUAGCAAGUAUUUCGUUCUUAUUACAUGGCACACGUUUUCUGGCUUGUCUCUUACCCCAAAUACUAUGUCAGACUUCCGAUCAUAGAUGCGCAUAGGCUUUUUUGGAGCUUCAUCUAUUAUUUGUUUCAUUUGUGGCUAAGAAGGGAAGCCUUGUGGAUCAGCCUCUCCUUCAUGGCGCUACUCAUUCCAGAAGUUGAGCUAGGACUGACAAAGCACUGCAAUGUGUACUUGUAUGGCAGUGUGAGCAGUUCAGUUUGGGCAUGAUCAAAGCCUUUUUGCAAAAGAAAGCGUCAUAUGACGUACUCUCUGAUUACUUAAUAAAGGGAAAAUCAGACAUCCACCCGUUCGUAGCAACUGCUACAAACCCUUGCGGGUUUCCGCAGAACUGCUACGUCAAUCUCUGAUUACUUGUUCAGGGUAAGACUGGAAUUUCUUCUGGUAUCGAUCAGUUUGGUGAAGCAGGAAGACAGCUUUUUUACACUCCCUUUUCGGCGUCUGCAGCAAUUUUUUGUCAACGAUGAGUAGUGCUUCUCAUCGUGAUAUGAAUAGAUAACCUUUGUCUGUGCUUCUAGUUGCUGCCAUACUUUUGAACACUUGGAAUGCUAAUACACUACCUGUGAACUUUGCCGUCAUUAAUCGGUUACGACUUGCUCGCUGCGCACUGUAAAUGUUUGUUGUUUGCGUGCAUGUAGUAUCUUUCUGCUAGGUUUCAUGCUCUGGCGACUCUAAAGCUGCAUUCUCACAUUCUUCUGGGUCUGCUUGUCGUUUUUCUCGCCUUCUAACAAGGAGGAGUGUCUCGGACUUUUGGGGUCCUACGUGCUUUCUUCACACUGGGUGCUAGGUAAGACGGAUAGCCUUCAAAUAUGGUUGGAAGCGCACUGGGACCAGUUUUCUCAAUUUACAAUCACUGACAUAGUCACUCGCUAAAAAGCGCUUGCUGCAUACUGUAGUUGAGGGUGAUUUGUCGUUAAUUACGAGAUUCUUCCGCGAGAUGUUUCUUUGCCAUUUGUCAAACAGUUCCCGAUCAGCUGAAAACUGUUGAUACACUGGGAGUCUUUCCAGACCGCGACUGACAAAAUGGCACACAACAAUACACCAUAGCCACAAUCUUGAUAUGCGAAGCUUCACAAGUCUGUGAUGCUAGUAUCCAUGAAAAGUCAGAUGCAGAAACUUACUGUGAAACGUGACUUUGUCAACAAGUCAUGCGAAGCAUGCGGCAGGCUUGUAGAUCACUUCACAUGGCAAACCAUUCAUUCACGCAUUUAAACACAGUAAAAAUAAAAUAAACAAACGCAGCCCAUGGAAAAAUGCGCUCUCUUGCACUCCGACUUGUUCGAAACCGAGUCCGGCGCCGCCACAGCAAGGGUUGGCUCGUGGUGCCCUCUGGCAGAGAUCAUCAGCGCAGCAGCACAGAAAAAUAUGCAUUGCCUCCUCGAAGCCUGCUCAUGCUGUAAGGAGAGAGCAAGCGUGCGUGCCCAGACCGGCUGUGACUGUACUUUAAAAGUGCUUGCAAAGAAAAUUUGCUUACUAAGAUUUCUGACAAGCAGGCAAGCUGUAGGUCCAUGUGAUCAUCACUGCGUACACAAAGCUAUCUAGCUUUUUUAUCUACUUUAAGAGCAGCUGAAACUCGUAUUGCUUGUCAUGUGGUUUCUAUUUUCAUGCUCGUGUAUUGUUCUGGCAAUGGGGACAAUUGCAUGUUUUUUGUUGGGUUUAUUUUUUGCAAAAAGUAGGCAAAAAAUUAUUUAACUUGAUUCACCACUUUCCAGAGUGUAUAAAAGAAGAUUGGUUUCUUCUAGUGGAAAGGUGUUUGCACUAAUGUGCUGCAGGGUUUUUUUUUUUUCUUGUAAUAGGCAAUUUGCAAAGCCUGCAAGUGAGCUUCUACACACACCUCAUUUGAUCUAACCUAGAUAUGAACCUGAGGCUAGAAUUGUAAUUAUGGUUUCAUCGUGCUGGCUGGUAACAUCAUUCCUGCCGCCCUUGAUUUUCUGCAUCGUCUAAGCUUUCAAAAUAUGUAUCUCGGCUUUAACAAUACCACUUGCGAGAAUGCAGUCACCUCUGUUAGGGCAACUCAUAUGUGUUGGAAAGCUUGCUUAGAGAAUUUUGCAUAGUGCUUCACGAUGUGGAAUGCUCAAUCACCAAGCAUCCACCAGUUUGUGACCGUUGUGAAAAGGUACUCUCUCGGUGUUUAAAGGAGCAGGCUAACGAGUAUACACAAGAGAGGCCACAGGUCUGCAAGAGCACAACAAAUGGGAGAGGGUGUGAAGGUGCAACGUGGUGCAGCAACCCAAGCCGCUACAGCAAUGUGCGCACACAUCUGGCCUCAGUUAAGAGCAUCAUAGUUUUACAUAGCACAAUGGGUGAUUGACAUUGUUGUUCCAGCCUUGUAGCUAAAUGCACACACGUCAUGCUGUACUCAACAGUUAUAUAAUAAUAAGCCCAUGGCUGUUGUCGCAUUGCCCAUGUUCAGUUUGCAAGCAAUUCUAAUAUUUAUUUUGUUACUUUGCCGGCCAUUAAAGGUCUCAUCUGGCCUUAGAGCAUCAUGGUGUUACUGAAGCACGAUGGGUGAUGGGCAGUUUUGUAUUCAUCAACCUGCGCUGGGCAAUUAUUUAACAAGACUAUGGCUGCUGCCAUGUUGCCUCUGUUUAGCUGGUGGAGUAUUUGGUACAAUUCUUUUGUUUUCGUGGUGAUCAAAAGUUCCCUUACAUCAUAUUUGUGGUUGUGUCACGUUCGUGCCAAGACUGUACUAGCUGUCCUGCAUGCGCACUGUGUAUUAUUUUGUUUCCCUCUGAUGGUGCGAUUAUGUAGAUGUUUUAUUACCUCUACAGGACCUGCAGCUGUUGUGUUUACUCAAACAAAAUAACAUCAUCUUUUUUCUCAGGCUGACGGUUAUCAAAGAAUUGGGGAAUGUGUUGCAUAUGGAGGAGCAUUUGAAAUUAUGCUAAUGGUGAUCGAACAUUGUGCAUAGAAGAUGGUAUUCACACUUGGAAGAAACAUUCAAAUGCUGCAAAUAGACUUUUUAAAGUAGUAUUUAAAAAAAUGAGGGAUUGUGCUCAAAGUUUUAUAACUGAGAAAAUAUUUCACCGGUCUAAAAUAUGCUGGUAGACUUCUUGCAGCUGUGCUACACUAUUGUCUAAGCUGCCACUUGGUCAGCUUAUGAGUUAAUUUCUGGGGUCAUACAAACAAUAUCAUCAGAAAUUCUUUUAGUGGUUGAAGAGUCAGUAUUUAGAUUCUGUCUUUUUUCCUGUCAUCAUCUAAAGCUGUGUUGUUUCACACAGCUUCAUCAUCACUCAUGGUAUCCUAAAUGAGCUGAAUUGGCAUGCAUUUUCUUGCAUGCUUGAGUUAGUCAGCUAUGAUUUGUUGGCUUAUUGAAAUUAAAUGUGGUUGUCAAGCCUCAGUGCCUAGGAAAUGCUACUGUAAAAACAAUGUUCAAGCAUGUUAUCCUGUUUGAUGUUUUUAUUUUUUCCUUUCUAUAUCUUGACCAUCCACUGUUAUAGUUCUUGAUACAGCAGGCUAUGUUAGGUUAUUCACAUUAUAUUUGUGAAAAUCCAAGCAUAUUUGCUUGGUGUUUUUUGUAUCCAUGGGGCAAGCAAGCCAGGUGCUGUUGAGACCCACUCUAGUAAGAGAUUGUGUAUGUGUGCGAAACCUAGACAUUCAUAUUGCAUGCUUGUGAUCUAGGCUUUUUGAACAAGUAAAUGGUCCUGUGGCCACAUUAUAGUGUUAUGUCUGUGGGAUAGAGUUAUCUGAACAUAUUCAUGUUGUAUUUGGGACUUUUUUACCAUUUCUGCUGGCUUAUAUUUAGCAGAGUGAAUGAAAACAAAGUCAUGAACACAGUGUUGUGUACUCUGCUGCACAGGGCACCACUAUGACUGGCAAUUGAUGUCCAUAUAAUGAUUACUACAGGACUGAGCUUGCACAUCAUUUGCUUAUGUUGUCCUCACGACAAACAAGGUCCCAAGUGGCACAAGGACAUAAUGGUUGUUUCACCUAGCUUGAAGCAAACUUAGAAAAGAAAGGGGUACUUUCUUUGUGGUUAUGACUAAUAGCAUUUUGUUAUGUCAGAUUAAGCUACUUGGAAUAUCUUUCUUCCUCUUUUUUUGGUUGGACUUUGUUAGCUAUUUAGUUAGAUCAGCUGUGCAAAAUUUUAAAUAUUGAUUUUGUGGCACAAGUUAUAUUUGACAGCUGUAGAGCAUGUUCAGAAGCUUGUGCAGCUGUUUCAAACUUUUAUUUGGUUCUUCCUUUUUGGGGGACUUCGAAGACAGCUCAUGAAGUACCAAAAACCGGAUGCAUAGUGGUCUUUGAAAUCCAUAAAUGGGAAUCUGAAAUUUCUGAGGGUUUAAAUACCCUUAAAUUAUAAUGAACUGCUUAAAAAUAAUUGAAUGUUAUUUUUUGCUAAGCUUAGGAGACCUCUUUUGGAUGCCUGACCACAAAAUUGGUACAAGCUAGUCAAGCCAGUUCAGUUUGGGUAGGAGCUUGUGGUGGGAGAUGUUGAUCCCUAUCCAUGUAGCCUUUGUGUUUAUGCAUAGCAAAAGUAAACUUUGUUUAUUGUUCAUUCCACUGUCUUGUUUUCAACCUUUGAAACUUAGCGUUGCAUUAGUCCUUCAAAAUGCUUUGUUGGCCUUUGGAAGUCCUUAAUAAAAACCCACAGUUUUAUUUCAUGAAAA